UUUUCCUCCCAUCUCUGGCGGAGUUUGCUGCGCCGCUGACGUCACGGCGGCACAUUUAUCCGCCCAGUUUGCUGGCUUCCUGCAGAGUCUCUACUCUUGCUUAUGUAGCUGCGCCAUAUCCACUACGCUCUGAAGUUUGAAAUCCGGGGAAACAUCGACAUUUUGGGUGCUCACUGAACAAGGCCGCAGACAUGGUGAACAUCCCAGAAUACUAUGCAGGGAAAAAUGUGCUGAUAACUGGAGUAACGGGCUUCAUGGGCAAGGUGCUGUUGGAGAAGCUGCUGAGGUCCUGUCCAGGAGUCAAAGCUGUCUAUGUGAUGGUGAGGUCAAAAGCCGGCCAGAGUCCUCAGGCCCGCAUUGUCGACAUGAUCAACUGCAAGUUGUUUGAAAGACUGCAACGCGAGCAGCCCGGCUUUGCACAGAAGAUCAUUGCAUUGAACAGCGACCUCACACAGCCAGAUCUGGAUCUGAAUAAAGAGGAUCAGAGCAUCCUGGCUGAAAAUGUUAACAUCAUCUUCCACUGUGCUGCUACAGUCCGCUUUAAUGAGUCACUCAAAGAUUCAAUGCAGCUGAAUUUCUUGGCCACCCAGAAGAUGUUGGCAUUGGCUCGCAUGAUGAACCACCUGGAGGUCUUCAUUCAUGUCUCCACAGCCUACGCCAACUGUGACCGAGAGGUCAUUGAAGAAAUCAUCUACCAACCUCCUGUAGACUACCACAAGCUCAUUGAUACUCUGGACUGGAUGGAUGACGAUCUGGUGUCAGUGCUGACCCCCAAGCUGAUAGGAGAGCGCCCAAACACCUAUACCUACACCAAAGCUUUGGCUGAAUACCUGUUGCAACAGGAGGCUGGAGACCUCAACAUAGCCAUUGUCAGACCUUCCAUAAUUGGAGCCAGCUGGAAAGAGCCUUUCCCAGGUUGGAUUGAUAAUUUCAAUGGACCUAGUGGCAUAUUCAUUGCCGCUGGUAAGGGGAUCUUGCGUACAAUGAGGGCAUCUAAUGAUGCUGUGGCCGAUCUGGUCCCUGUAGAUGUGGUCAUCAACACCACGCUGGCUGCUGCUUGGUACUCUGGGUCACAAUGUAACAGGCCUAAAAGCAUCUUGGUGUACAACUGCACAUCUGGUGGAAUCAACCCAUUUCACUGGGGGGAAGUUGAGUACUGUAUAAACAUGACCUUCAAGACCAAUCCCUUAGAGCAGGCCUUCAGAAGGCCCAAUGUCAAUCUACGCUCCAACCAGUUUACUUAUCAGUACUGGACUACUGUCAGCCACACGCUGCCAGCCCUGCUGUAUGACGGCUAUCUUAAGCUAACAGGCCGCAAGCCUCGAAUGAUGAAGACAAUCACUCGCCUCCACAAAGCCAUGAUGGUCCUAGAGUAUUUCACCAGUCACUCCUGGGUGUGGAACACCGACAACAUAACUAUGCUCCUGGCCCAGAUGAGUCCCGAGGACAAGAAGAUGUUUAACUUUGAUGUACGGCAGCUGCACUGGGCAGAGUACAUGGAAAAUUACUGCAUGGGCACCAAAAAAUAUGUCCUGAAUGAAGAACUGUCGGGCCUGCCCGCUGCACGGAAACACCUUAACAAGCUGAGGAACAUUCGCUACACCUUCAACACCAUCCUGCUGGUGCUGAUUUGGCGCGUCUUUAUCGCCCGAUCCCAGAUGGCCCGAAACAUCUGGUUCUUUGUGGUGAGCCUCUGCUUCAAAUUCCUCUCCUACUUCAGAGCUUCCUCCACCAUGAGUUAAUGAAGCAGGGACUCGGAGGCAGGUGGUGGCAGAGGAACGAAGAAACGUGCUGUGGAUUAUGAAAGGUGUGUGUGAGCUCAACGCCUUUAAAAUGGUACAACACUGUUUUUGUCUCUGGCCCUGUAUUUAGCCUGACACUCGGAUUAAAUGGAACUGUUAAACACCAUGAACAUGGACGGAGCGCCUGACAAACCUCGAGUCCACAGUGGGCUAUAUGUUGUACAUCUCACAUCUCUAGCUUUUCAUGUAGAGGACAUGGAUCUCUCACAGUGUACAGUGCUCUAACACACUAACAGCUAUUGGACUAGUUAAAGAAGCCGGGCCACAUGCCCUCAUUAUGUUCAUUUGCAGUAACUCAGUCCCUUCCUGUGGCUUUCCUCCUGAGCAUCUCCUGUAAAAAUCUGCUCACCUGGCUGCCAAACAAAACUAUGCAUUAGAUGAUGCUCUGCAGCAAAAAUCCUGGUCUGGUUUUGAGUCAGUCCAGCUUCAUUCUGUACUGCAGGUCUCUUGUGUAAAUCCUCUUUAAUGAGUUGGGUCCUCGCCAGUUUUGUGGUAAUGUUUUACCCCUUUCCAGUUUUCAGCUGGCAGCAAUAUUUGCUGCAUCUAGAAAAAGUGUACAUUUUUCUAGCUACUUUUGUCAUGUUCGGCUGGAGGCAGUUUAACGGUAAUCCUGUACUGACUCAGUAAAGACGCAUUCAGGGACAAGCUGGCCUAGGGAGCCCUGUUUUAAACUCUUGCCCUCCUCACCUAUCCCCAAGACCAAAACUAGCUAUUUCAGCUAGUGUUUAUCACAGUUGCACUGACAGCAUGGUGGGAGGGGUUUGGGAAUUCACCGACACCUGCCGUUCCUCAUUAAGAUCAUAAAGGCCUUCUUUGCCUCUUUCUAAUUGGCAAAAAGACACACCCUUUAUAACGCUGUGCUUCUGUAUGUUCUCAGUGGACUGCAGUGGCUAUCAACCAAGCACAAUGUAGACUGCAAUAUGAUGGCUUUCCCCAGUGCCUACAAACAUUCAUCAGCAGAUCUUGCUAGUUAGGCUGCUGUAUAUAACAUAUGUGAAAGUCAGUUGUGAGAGCCUUGAAGUUUUUGAUUUUGUUUUGGUUCUUUUUGUUUGUUUUGUGCCAAAAUACCUCUUGGCUUACAAACUUGUAGCUUAGUAGAGGAUGAAUGGGGAUUUGAGAGAAAUACUGUCAUGUGUGAAUUCUGUGUCUCACUUUCAGGCAGCUAACCACCUGAAAGGUUAUUUUUCUGAAAAUGUGUUAGAGUAACUUGUUUUGUCAUGUUAGGGUCUCAUUCACUGUCAUAUUUGUUUGUAAAUACCAGGAUACAGGAUUUGUCAUGCUGAUACACACUUUCACUGUUGUCUUUAUCCCUUUUUGUUAAAUAUAUUUCCCUUAGCUUGUUAUAGAACUGACAUCAGACAUUCUUGCAGAAGGUUCCACCUGCACUUUGUCAUAGUUGUCUUUUCAGCUAACUUUUCACCCAAAGUUGUUUUGAAGAAGCAGGCUGUGCUGGUUUUUGAUUGUACUUGUGAAAACUUCAGACACCUCCCCAGUUCUUUUUUUUUCCCCCCGUUAAUGUCCUGGGGUCAUUAAACAAGGUGUUUUUUGUUUUUUCUCUUCACUAGGCUGUUUUCACAUAGAUGAAGUGACUAGUGAAAAUGUACUCUUUUAGAAAGAUGUGAAUCUAACAAUGUAAAAAUCAGAUCUGUUUUCUUAUGUACGGAUCUAUUUAGGUAGGCUUAAAGAUAACACUAUUUUUAUGCUGAUGACAUUGUGUUGCUGGUUUACUGGCACAAAGUUCACUGAACCAUCUUCAGCUGUUGUAAACAGAAGUGCAGUAUCCCCUGAGCUGAACUGUUGCUUCUUCCUGUAUCUGUUGUACAUGUAGCGUUUUCACUCUGAAUGUAAUGCAAUAACACAGCCUGAUUCCUUUACACAGCCACAAACCUCUAGACUAAGGAAACACCAAAUUAAGUCUGUAACUGCACAUUUAAUAUUAAACAAGUGUCAAUUCA